AAUAAAUAUAUACAAAUAUAUAGACUAUAUAUAAAAAACUCAUAUUAAAAAUGAAAUUGCUAAUAGUUUUAAUGGGCUUUCUAGCUAUGGCCUUGGCAGCUGAUUUAACUGCUGAACAAAGGUCUACGAUUCGCGCAAAUGCCAUGCAAUGCACUCAGCAGGAGGGCAACACCAAGGAGCAGGCGAUUGCGCUGCGCAAUGGAAACUUCGAAGAUGCCGACGAUAAGGUCAAAUGCUAUGCCAAUUGCUUUUUGGAGAGGGCUGGCUUUAUAGUCGAGGGUCAGAUCAACGGAGAUGCGGUGCUGCAGAAGCUGGCGCCCGCCGCCGGAGCGGAUCAAGUGAAGGCCGCUCUGGCCACCUGUGCGUCGAUCAAGGGUGCCAAUAAGUGCGACACCGGCUUUCAGAUCUAUCGGUGCUUCUAUAGGAAUCGGGCUUGGGCCUAGAGCUUAGCUAAGU